AUGCGUACCACUACCAACAUGUUGAUUGCAACAUUGGCCAUAUCCGAUCUGGUCACUACCGUAUUUAAYAUACCGUUYAAUGUGGCCCGACURUUGYUACUAAACUGGCCAUUCGGGUCCAUCCUAUGUUUCCUAUUGCCGCUCAUACAGUGCGCCUGUGUYUACGUAUCGACAUUUACAAUGGCGGUCAUAGCCGUACACCGUUGGCAUACCGUACGCAAAGCUCACCGACCGCUGGCCACACCUCAACGGCGUUUCUCGUGUUUGCGUCUAUCGGCGGUUGUAGCGGUUAUCGGACUGUUAGCAYUGGGKCUGUCSCUACCUAAUGCCAUAUUUAACGAAACCAAACAGGCGGUCAUCUACGGUACGGUAGUUGUCCGCUGUCGGGUAACCUAUCCGCCCGAUAUUGGCUUCAAUAUACGCCGAUUUCUGACCGUCGAAGUAUUUAUUACGCAAUAUUUGACGCCAUUGUUUGUAACACUUGUAGUCUACAUUGAAAUCGGUAUAUUUGUCUGGCGUCAGGGCCGGGUGCUGGCCAUUAGCAACGAUGACCGACGGCGCCAGCAAUCGGAGGCCAAACGUCGCCGUAUAUUAAUGCUGGCACUGGUAGUCAUCGUAUUUGCCGUUUGCUGGCUUCCCAUUAAUGUCUACCAUUUGCUCGUCGACUUUAAACUAAUUAAACACAAUUUUACUGUAUUUCUUGUCGUACAUUGGUUUGCCAUGUCAUCAGUAUGCUACAAUCCAUUCAUCUAUUGUUGGCUAAACGAAUCGUUUAGGAAGGGGUCGAAAAAAUUUCUCAAAUCACUGGUCAGGUGUCGUACGCAAGCACCGGGAGGCAAGCCUUACAUAACAACAACAACAACAACAAUAAUGACUACCAAAGCCAACGCCAUCGCCAACAACAUCAACAACACCAAUGCACGGGCUUUAGUAGGUCUACCUACCAGUGCCGGCGCCGCCACCGCCGCUGAUAGCCUAUUAGUGUCCAAUUGUUUGGGCGGCGCCGCCGCCGCCGCCGCCACUCUGGACGAUAUCGGCGGCAACGAUGGACAACAACACCGCCGUAAUAGACAACAUAUCGAUACUACGACUACUACUACUACUACUACGGCUACCAUUACGACAACCCUGGGAUCGCCAACAACUCACUGUACGAUAUCAUCAGUAUAG